AUGACACGUCUUACAGCAAAGCUUAUCCGAAAAGCUAAAGGUGUUUCACGACUCCUUCCGCCUCUAUUAAGAGCCAAUAGAGACAUUAAUAGAGCGCAGUUGGAGCUUAAAUGGAUCAAAAACGAAUUGCCAAAGGAAGAAUGGAUUAUGGCGAUUAAUCGACGAGCUCGACUAGUUCCACUUCAAUAUAUCUUAAAGUCACAGCCAUUUGGUGGACUAUCUAUUGCAUGUAGAGAAGGAGUUUUAGUACCAAGAUGGGAAACAGAAGAGUGGUGUACGAGAUUAGCAGAGUUGUUGGAAAAGAAUAAUGCUAGAACUCUUAAAUUCGUGGAUGCUUGCACGGGAACUGGUUGCAUUCCACUACUAUUGAAUCAUCAGAUCAAAUAUUUUGCAGAUAAAUUUGAAGCUAUCGGGUUUGAUGUUUCUAUCGAGGCAUUGGAGUUAGCAAAAAAGAAUUUGAAAACAUAUAUCUCAAAUCAUGAUAUGUCGUCUACACAAACAAAAAUUUCUUUCCAAAGUGCAAAUGUAUUUGAUCCUAAUCUUUGCAAAAAUUUCUCCGAGAUUGGCGACAUUGAUAUUGUUACAGCUAAUCCACCAUACAUCCCAGCCGAAGAUUACCUCAAGUCAACACAGAGAAAUGGCGUAGAGAGGUCCGUGAGGCUAUACGAACCACGUUUAGCCUUAGUAGGAGAUGUCGAAUUUUACACACAGUUGAUAAACAACGUUGUUCUACCAUUGUCUGCAAAAGGGUUUGUAUUUGAGCUAGGCUACGUGCAUCAAGCCUGUGCUGUACGACAAGCUUUGGAUUCUAAUCUUUGGGGAGUAGGCACCAUGAAUGAUUCGGCUACCAAAUUGCGAUGCGUGGUGGGGUGGCGAAAAGGUGAAAGUCUAACCUUUUUGGAAUCAUUAUGUGAUACAAUUUUAUGA